GAGUUCGAAGGAAAGAGAGAGAGAGAGAGAGAGAGAGAGAGAGAGAGAGAGAGAGAGAGAGAAAGCUGUCUUUCUCUGUAAUGCCUUUCACCCAUCAAAGCUGAAAGCCCUUUCCUUCUUCUUCUUCUUCUUCUUCUCCUGCUACUUACUGCCAUAGCUGAGUUAAUAAGAGUUUGAGAGAGAGAGAGAGAGAGAGAGAGAGAGAGAGAGAGAGAUCUAAUGGAGUACGAGAGAAUUCACAAAGUGCAGACAGGCAUGAUUUCCCCAAGCAAACUGAGGAUGAAGCUCAUGGGUGCUCACAACCACCUUAGGAAGAAAGAUGGAUCCAACAGUAACUCCUCAAGAACUUCUCCUGCAAAACUUGCUGAUUCUGAUUUUGUCAAGAACAGCUUGUUAGACACAUCAACUGGUGAUGAAGAAGUUACAUCUCCAAGUUUAGAAGUUUCAACAUUGGGGGCAAGGCAUAGUGACCAGCUAAAAGAGUCAUUCCCUGAAGAAAAUGGUGAGACUGGUAGAGUAAGAACUCAGCAUUGUUCAAAGGGUGAUAGCAGCAAUUCAAGCACAGUUCAUCCUCUGAGAACAUUGGAAGAUGACAAUCUUGAUUAUGACAGUAAUGCUAGCUCUUCUAGUUUUGAGUUUCAUAAGGGGGAAAGAUCAGGACAUAAUCCCAUUUCAAGGUCAAUUUCAAGACCUAUGCCAUCUAAGUGGAAUGAUGCUGAGAAAUGGAUAAUGAAUAGACAGAAUGUACAAGCUAAUCAUAAUCAUCAUAAAAGGAAUGCUUUACAAAACCAAACUAAUAGGAUGCCAAAUUCAAAUAUGGUGAGAGUUGCUCCAGAGUCUGGUAACUGUGAUAUCAAAUUGUUACUUAGCAGAAUGGCAGACACCAAGAGGGUUGAUUUCUGUCAAACCGCCUCACAUGUUGGAUUCGAUAAGUUCUCAUUUGUUUCUUCUGGUAAUCACCCCAUUUUGGGGCAAGCAUUGGUUGAUCAAUCUACUCAGAGUAAGGAUUUGAAAGAAUUAGGGGAGUUAAUAUGCCCGAAAGGUUCAUCAGAUGAGACUUCAGGGAUUCCUGCCAUAAGAUCAGUCUCAAUGAGAGACAUGGGAACCGAAAUGACACCCGGUACAAGUCUUGAACCUUCAAGAACUGCUACUCCUGUUGGUGCAACCACCCCAAUUCGCAGCCCAACUUCCUCAAUGCCAUCAACUCCUAGAGGAGGUGCUCCAGCUUCAACUCCUACGGAGCUUGCCCGUGAUAGGGAAUCACAACAUCCAACUGAAAUCAAUAAGAAAGAAUUGUCAGAAGAAGAAUUGAAGCUUAAGACUAGGAGAGAAAUUGUAGCACUAGGUGUCCAGCUUGGCAAGACGAAUAUCGCUGCUUGGGCGAGUAAAGAUGAGCAGGAAAGACAAAGAUCUUGUGCUGAAAAAACUAAGGCAGACGAGCUAGCACGUAUUGAAAAUGAAAAGAGAGCAGCUGACUGGGAAGAAGCCGAAAAAUCUAAACAUUUUGCAAGAUUUAAGCGCGAAGAAAUCAAAAUCCAAGCAUGGGAGAGUCAGCAGAAGGCAAAAUUAGAAGCCGAGUUGAGGCGAAUAGAGGCUAAAGUGGAGCAAAUGAGAGCUCAAGCUCAAGCAAAGAUGGUACAAAAAACUGCAAUGACAAGGCAAAGAUCAGAAGAAAAACGAGCAGCAGCCGAAGCAAGAAAGAACCGAGAUGCAGAAAAAACUGCUGCCCAAGCCGAAUACAUUCGCCAAACAGGAAGAAUGCCAUCUGCUUCUCAAUACAUCUGUUGUGGUUGGUUAAUGUGAUGAACCGAAAAAAAUCAAUACUUGAAAAGAGAAAACAGAAAAAGAAAGAAAAAAGAAAGUGGCCUUUCUUGUUUGUAUUAGGAAGGCCUUUACUUUACAAAGUGUGUGGUAGUGAUAAUCAAGUUUGUAUGUACCAAGUCAAACAUUCUUGUUUGUAUUAGUACAUUUAGUUCCCAAGUAUGAAUGAAUUUGUUCAUAAAAGAAAGAAUUCAAGACUCCA